AUGCCGGCGGCGGCGGUAGCGGUAGGGGCGUCGGAGGACGGCGGCGGCAAGAGCACCACCGGCGCUGGUGGCGAUGACAUCGGCGUCGAUGCGGACGGGGAAGAAGCAGCGGCGGGAGAGAAGGCUUCGGUUGACGGCGGCUCGGGCCUCGGGGACGCCAACGUCCGCAUCAAGGCCUUCGGCACCGUCCUGGAGAAGACGCUGAGCAAGACCCUGCACAGACGGGCCCCGCCCCCGGGCACUACUCCUGCCGCCACUACCCCCCGGCCGCAGCGGGCCAUCGGCGAGAAGGCCGCGGGCAUCGCCGCCGCGACGUCGUGGAAGCCCAAGUCGAAGUUCUUCCGCGUCUUCCUGUCCGCGAGCACCGCCACGCGGCGACGGCUCUCGCUCGACCGGCGGCCUGCCCUCCCACGCCGCCGCCCCCGCCGGGGUCGAUGCUGGGAAUGCUGUCGAAGAUCCGGGCCCGCGGAGAAGUCGGCGGCGGCGGCGGCUGGGGCACACAGAGCGGCGGUAGCCAAGCGCCGGCCGGCGUGGGCGGUCUCCUGGCGGAGAUCCGCGCCCGCGGGGUCCGAGGAGGAGGCGGCGGCGGCACACAGAACGGCGCUGGCCAAGGGCCGGCCGGCAUGGGCGGUCUCCUGGCGGAGAUCCGGGCGGCGAAGCGCGGCUGAGUCCGGGACACGCCCCGCGAGUGCCUGCCCACACUAG